AUCAAAACGACGUCGGUGUAAAUAAGUUCUAUCGAUCACGACCGAAAUGACAGACGAAGUCACCAUACCUGUGCCUCCGCCCCCUAAGGACUGUGCAAGAACUGACGACAGAAGAUUAUGGGUUGGGAAUUUAGACAGUCGAUUAAGAGAGUAUCAACUCCUCAAAAUGGUGGAAAACUUUGGACCACUGGUGGAAUUCGACUUUCUUUAUCACCGAUCGGGCCCUCAAGCUGGGCAGCCUCGCGGAUAUGCCUUUGUAACGUUUAAAUCCCCUGCUUGUGCGCAGGCAGCAAUGAACACCUUAGACGGGAAGAAUGUCUUAGGUCGGAGAAUGGCGGUCAAGUGGGCACAUGCACAGGAUGAGAGUAUGUAUGAAAGAACAAAGGAAAAACCUGCUCCACCGAUCCUUAGUGGAGGGAAAGGGGAAACCAGUCAAGUAAGCAAGAAGAGCAAGAUUGCUGCUCUUGAGGCCAAGUUAAAGUUACUGGAGGAGGACAGUCUGAAGGUGGACCUCAUGCCAGAUGUGGGGGCUGCAUCCUCAAGGCCAACUUCUGUCACGUAUGCCUUCAUAGAGCAGAAGCCCAGAGGACAGAAAGGUGCACCUAAGCAACACACUGCCAGUCAUCCCUACCACCGAUCGAAACCCACCAGAAAACACUAACUGUGGUGCUGAGUGGUGGAGACUCUUAUCAUCAUUAUAAUGCUUCCAUUUGUUGACAAAUGGAACAUUUGACACAUUCUCUGGCUUUUUCUAUUUUGGGCUAGUUUCACAUUCUCACCUCUUUACAUAUUUAUUCCAUGGUGUUGCCUUAAUGACACUGAACUCUAUGUUGUACAUAUCAAAUCAUGCACUAUUCUCAUAACAUUCAAAUCAUUAUUUUAGGACAGUGUUUGUGCAAAUGUUUAUGCUAGUGACUGAUACCGAAGCAUGGUUGUUGUUUUGGUUGCUUAUUUAUUGAUAGGGUGAAGAGUGUAAGGAACAUAUAUGAUUACAUACAAGCAGCCAUUGUUAGCCCUAAUAGUAAGACCAGAAACCACUGGGAGUAUCCUUUGUAGGUAGGAAUUGCAGUUUACACAUAUAUUUCAUAAGAGAGAUAGAAGAUAUGUAUAUAAUUUUUCUUUGAACAUACUGGCUUAUUUUACAUUAAUUAUAUCAAGAAGUUCUUACUUUUUUAUUAUAGAGAGGCACACUUGAGAGGCAGUAAAAAUGCACCAAAAGCAUUGUGUGUUUUAUUUAGAUUAUAUUUAGAAAAUAAACAAGAACGAUAUAGAUUAGUGUCAGUAUUAAACAGAGAUGAAAGUUCCUUGUUUAUUCCUACCAAAUAUAGAAUUAUAAUCCCAGCUUAUUUAUUUUAGUUUUAUUCCUUUUAGCAUAUAGUCACACAAACACCCAUUUGUUAAAGUUGCAUCUUUUUACAUCUUUGUUGCCUCAGAAUGAAAAUGCAGGUGCUUUGUUCUUACAUUUGAGGAAACACCUGUAAAUAUAUGUCUAUCAAUACAGCUUAUUGUUUGAAAUGAGCUGACUGUAUGUGUGAUAUUUUAGUCUCAUGCACUAGCAGAAAAAAAUCAUAUGCUUGGAAAGGAAUUCCUUAUAUUUUUUCACAGAUACCUCAUAGGUCACAGGUUUUGCAGAAGUAGCUUUUUUAGGAAAAAAGCAUGAAAUGGUCAUUAGUCAGAGGUAUUUAGAGAUUAACCCUUAAAGGAUGUUGUUCUUUGAUAUGUGUACAAACUGGAUGAAAUACUGCAAAAAAUAUCCUUGCUAUAAAUAUCUGUUUUAUAAAUAUCCCAAUUAAAGUGAUUUCAGCUGAAAUAAUUGUGUAUUAACUCAGUGUUGCUGGGAAAAUGCUGUGCUCAUUUUAAUUUUUUUUUUGUGAAAUGUGUCUGCACAUAGAUGGCCCUGCAAGUGCUUAGCCACAAAGGAGUCAUUUAGUAGACCUUGUGACCUUUACUAAUGCUAU